CCCCUCUCUUCACCCUAGUGUCCAAGACAUAUGGCCGAAGGUCAGAUGACACGACCACAAAGUCGAUUAUCGACCUCCGGCCUAAGGUGUCCUGGUACCACGUGUACUGAUGGGCACCCUUAUGCUUGAACAUGGUGUUCGUUAUGGACAGACUGUGACUAGCACAGAAGUCCAAUAACAGAACACCACUUGAGUUCAGAUCAGGGGGGCCGUUCCUCCCAAUCACGCCCCUCCAGGUAACACUGUCGUUACCCACAUGGGCGUUGAAGUCCCCCAGUAUAACUAUGGAGUCCCCAGUCGGGGCACCUUCCAGCACCCCUCGUAGGGUCUCCAAGAAGGUUGGGUACUCCACACUGCUGUUCGGCCCGUAAGCCGAAACAACAGUGAGGCCCCUAUCCCCCACCCGAAGGCGCAGGGAAACCACCCUCUCAUUUACUGGGGAAAACUCCAACACAUGGCGGCUGAGCUCGGGGGCUAUAAGCAAGCCCACCCCAGCCCGCCGCCUCUCACCAUGAGGUACUCCAGAGUAGUAGAGGGUCCAACCUCUCUCCAGGAGUUGGGUUCCAGAGCCCAGGCUGUGCGUGGAGGCGAGCCCGACUAUCUCUAGCCGGUACCGCUCAGCCUCCCCCACCAGCUCAGGCUCCUUCCCCCCCAGUGAAGUGACAUUCCAUGUCCCAAGAGCCAGAUUCUGUAACCAGGGUUUGGGUCGUCUAGGCCCCUGCCCAUGACUGCUACCCAAAACACAUUGCACCAGCCCCUUAUGCUCCUUCCUGCGGGUGGUGGGCCUACGUCGCUCUUUCGGGCUAUGCCCGGCCGAGUCCCAUAGGCGAAGACUCGGCCACCAGGCGCUCGCCUGCGUGCCCCAGCCCCAGGCCUGGCUCCAGGUUGGGGCCCCGGUAACGCCAAUCCGGGCGACGUAACAGUCCUUGCUUUUGUUUUCUUCAUAAGGGGGAUUUGAACUGCUCUUAGUCUGACCCGUCACCUAGGACCCGUUUGCCUUGGGAGACCCUACCAGGGGCACUUGGCCCCUGACAACAUGGCUCCUAGGCUCAUUCGGGUACUCAAACUCCUCCACCACAAUAAGGUGGCGGUUCAGGGAGGGGUGUAGAAAUUCAAAUUUUAAAAAUGCCUUUAUUUUACCAAACACACACUGUCCACUUUAUUAAGAACAUGUACACCCACAAAUAAAUGCUCUUAUUCCAGUUAGUAUUUUUUAUAGACAUAAAAGCUUAUCUGUGUGGUUUGUCACGAGUCCCCUAAACUAUUCAUGAAUGGAAAAAGAUCACCAUUUGCUAGAUGUAAUGGAUGGUGAAGCAUUUUUAACACAAGAAAUCAGCAUUCUUAACCCUCCAUUUGUCUUCAGGAUCAAAUUUGACCCAUUUACUAAUAUUUUAUAAUAUCAGAAAUCUGGUUUUAUUUCAUCUAAUUUCAUCUAAUCAGGUUUUGUGUAGCUUCAAGAUACACUACUCACAAAAAGUUAUAUUUGGCUUUUGGGUGAAAUUUAUGGAAAAUGGAAAAUUUCCUCAUCUCAAACAAUUUAUUGAAACAAAAGCCAACAACAGUGGUGGGUAUACCACAACAAAAAAUGUCAACAUCUCAAUAAUUUGUCAUGUGCCCUUGACCAUCAAUUACAGCUUGACAACGACAUCUCAUGCUGUUCACGAGUCAACUUAUUGUCUGCUGAGGCAUGGCAUUCCACUCUUCUUGAAGGGUGGCCCUCAGGUCAUUGAGGUUCUGGGGUGCAGGGUUCCGAGCCUCUACACGGCGACUCAGCUGAUCCCAUAGGUUUUCUAUGGGAUUCAGGUCUGGAGAAAGUGCAGGCCACUCCAUUUGAGGUACCCCAGCCUCCAGCAGCCGUUCCCUAAUGAUGUGACCUCGAUGAGCUGGAGCAUUGUCGUCCAUGAAGAUGAAAUUAGGCCUGUGUUGUUCAUGCAGGGACACAAUGACUGGAUUAAUGAUGUUAUUCAGGUAGUAUUGGCUUGUCACUGUACCAUUCACAAGAUGUAGGGCAGUUCUGUAUUGAGUAGACACACUGCCCAGACUGUAACACCACCACCACCAAAGGCUCAUCUGGUGACAACAGUGGCUGAUGCAUAGCGCUCUCCUUGAUGUCUCCAACAUCGUUGGCGGUCAUCAUUUCUGCUCAACGUGAAUCGACUUUCAUCAGAGAACAGCACUGAGGCCCACUGGUCCCUUGUCCAGCAUAAAUGCUCCCUGGCCCAUGCAAGACGAUGACGCCUGUGCUUGGUGGUGUGGUCAGGUAUUCAACUUCAGGAGUUGAGUGGCAUUCAUCAUCCGGUUCCGCAGGGCACUGUUCACAAUGAAGCGGUCAUCAAAGUGGGAUGUGGCCAAAGGAUGUUGUAAGAAAAAUAAAACGAUGAGGGCGUCGAAGAUCUUAAUGUAGAAGUUUAUUGCAGCAUCGCAGUGACAAAAUACAUAAAGUACUUUGGGUUCAUCGGAGUCAAAAAGAACGCAGGACAAAUCCUGCUCAAACCUUUUAUACAGUGUUUCCCGUCUGUAAUUUAAAUGAGUUUCACUUUAAAUGUAAAUCAGUGUAAGAAAUGAGUAUUCCCCAAAUGGCUGGAUGAUACUGUCGUCUAGCCAGAUGUCCUUAAAUGGUAAUCACGGUCACGUACACCUUGGCUAGGUAUUGUUCUAGGUGUUAUCACCCAAAUGGUCGGGCAAUACUAAAUGGUAAUCAUGGUCACAUAUACCCAUUGUUCUGGGAUGGUUCUUGAUGUCCUGCUGCCGCUCCCAGACUAAUAAUUAAUUGGAUUAAGUGUUCUAAAUGUUUGGUACGGCUGCUUAAAGCCAAUGUAAAAUACCAAAAUAAAUAAACUGGUUUGAAUUAAAGAUAUUUCUAUAUGAUAUGUAAGCCUUUUUUGGGAAUGAGCUCUUUCAGAUGUGUACUGUGGAGUGGAAUCUGGGUUGAGGCAGUCUGUAGUUUCUUACAACGUCCACUUCUAUCCCUAUUGUGACUCUUCCCGUCUCUCUGUAUCUCUGUAGCAACCUGCUGAUGACACUCUGUGACACUCUAAGCUCAGUGACCACUUCCCUCUGAGAACAUCCUGUUUGAAGCCUCAGAAUGGCGAGGUACUGUUGAUCAAUUGUUAGGCAUCGUCUUGGUCUCAUGAUGUCAAAAUGUGAACAGCAUGAUGAAGAGGACAGUUUAAAUAUCAAUUCUAAUUGAACCAGAAAAUUUAUUGGUCGAUUCAUGGAUCAAACACCAGUUCUGAAUUUUGCUGUUAAGCACCUUGUUAGAGAACAGCAAGUAAUGCAAAAACUACUGAAACACUGAACAGUUGGACAUGUGCAUUAGUAGUGUGUAGUGUAAGUAGCUAAUAAUAUGGACACAAAAAUGUGAUACAUAGUGAACUCUACACAACACAUUCACAGUGAGGUUUUACUCAGAAAUAGUGGGUGGUUAAAGUACAUCAUGUCAGUAACCACAACAGGAAGAAGGAAAACAUAACUAAAGAAGAGUCAUUUCAAAAGCUUUGCUGAAGCGCAAUCGGUAUUCAGAAAUCAAUAUAAAAGAAUUAUUCAACUAAUCAACUCAGAGUGAAGAUAUAAUUAUGAAUGUCUCAGUGUACUACUCAGCUGGGUCCCAUGCAGAGAACAUAUUUUUUGCCACAUUUUACGUCAUUGUCUUCAUCAUUUCUGUUCCAUGCAAUAUGCUGGCUCUGUGGGUUUUCUUUCACAAUAAGAAGUCUUCCUCUUCCAAGGUGUUCCUUCUGAACCUGGCAAUAGCUGAUAUGUGUUAUGUUUUGGUGCUGCCCAUUCGUGUGAUUUAUCAUAUGUUGAACAGUGACUGGCCACUUGGGGAGGCAUCAUGUCGCCUGGUAGGAUUCCUGUUUUUUAUAAAUCUCUACUGCAGCAUGUACCUUAUAACUUGCAUUGGACUGGACCGCCUGUUAGCCGUCAUCCUGCCCAUGAAGUGUCAAUCCCUGAGGAGAAGUAAAAAUGCUAAAGUGGUGUGUAUCAUAUUAUGGGCAUUGGUGACUUGUUCAAUGGUGCCUGUGCUCUUCACUUCUGAAACGGUAACAACAAAAAUAAUGUCAUCAGGGAGAAAUAUGACUAUUUGUACAGAGCUGUACCUGGAGAAAAGAUCUUUCAAAGCACUUGUGUCAACAGUAGUUGCAUUUACUGUUCCUCUGGUCUCUCUGACGGUGUCUUACAUCCUCAUUUUUUUCAAGCUCAGAGUGAUGACAUUUCAACAGAGGACGUUUGUCCAAACUAAAGCAGUCAGAAUGAUCCUGCUGACUCUGGCUACCUUCAUAGUGGCCUUUGUGCCCUAUUUCGUGCACCGUUUACUUUACAUUGAGCGCUACAGACAGGAAAAAUCUGAUUUUGUACAGAGAUAUUUGGCCUUUGGUAACUGCUUAACCUCUGCUCUCACGUGUCUUAGUGGUAUAAUGGAUCCAGUUAUGUACUUCUUCCUGGCUCAUAAUUACCAGAAAAGUCUGCUUCAGCUGUGUGGACGAGCAACAAACAAAGACAGGCAGCAGUCCACCACCUGAACUUGACAUGUUUACGGACUGUAUUUAAAUUCUUAUAAAGCUUACAUUUAAUGUAAGUUAAUGUAAGAUAAUUAAUGGGAUUCUUUGGGCAUUGUCAUAAUAAACAACAUGACAAGGAGUCACUGAAAUGAUUUUUUAAAAAAGAUUGCCACAGCAAUUUGUGCAGACAAGCACUAUCAUUGGGAUGUAUUGGCUUUUUGCAAAUUAUCAAUCUUUUUGGUAAAGUUGUAUGUAAAUGUUUUCUGAAAGCCAAACAACUAAAAAUGUCUACCAGUGAUAUAUUUUAGAUAUAUCUUGGCACACUCUGUGUUGAUUUCAUGAUGUCUUUUGUCUAUGACCUUAACUUAUGACCAUGAUAUCCUUUAAGACGAAGAAAUUCUUUGUUUUGAAUGAAUGAGGAAUGUGACGAGCACAGACAGCCCGUUAUCAGCCCAACUGUAGAGAGAUCUGCCACCACCUCUGUUGACACUGUUGAUGUCCAUUGUUAAUGCCUAUUGUCUUUAGCCCACCUGUAGAGACCUCUUUUGUUAACCAUGAAUAUUGCCUUUUAUUGCACAUACAGUAGAUAAUGAUAAUGUCUCAAUAAACUUUGAAGAGCAGUGCUACUAGGACGCCG